AUGCCGCGCCUCAUCCGCGCGCUGCACGUCGCGGAGAAGCCGAGCGUGGCGAAGAAGGUCGCGGAGCACCUGAGCAAGGGCGUCGCCUGCAACAACCGCCAGGGCCCGUCGGUGUACAACCGGCUCUUCGACUUCGAGACGGGCGGCCCGCCGAGCCACGGCGCGUGCCGCGUGCGGCACGUCGUCACGUCCGUCACGGGCCACCUCAUGUCGACGGAGUUCGAGGAGCCGCACAACAAGUGGCACGCGUGCGCGCCGCGGGACCUCCUCUGCGAGGAUCUGAGUCGGGUCGAGUGGACCGUCGCCGAGGAGAAGGCCCCGCUGAAGCGCCAGCUCGAGGACGAGGCGCGCGCGGCGGACUGGCUCGUGCUCUGGCUCGACUGCGACCGCGAGGGCGAGGCCAUCGCGUUCGAGGUCGUCGACGUGUGCCGGAGAAUAAAGCCGAACGUGGACCUCUGGCGUGCCAAGUUCUCCUCCGUCGACGAGAAGGAGAUUUUGAAGGCCUGGCGGUCCCUCGGGCGGCCGGACAAGCGCAAGGCCGACGCCGUCGCGGCGCGGUGCGAGCUCGAUUUGCGGAGCGGCGCGGCGUUCACGCGGUUCCAGACCUUCCGCGUCCAGGGCAAGUACGCGGGCGUCGCCGAGGAGGGCGUCGUGUCCUACGGCCCCUGCCAGUUCCCGACGCUCGGGUUCAUCGUCGCGCGGCAGCAGGAGAUCGACGCGCACGACGCGCGCGACUUCUGGCGCGUCGAUAUGGAGACGGGCGGGUCCGCGGGCGCGCCGCGCGUGCGCUGGGACUGGCGGCGGAAGCGCGUCUUCGACGUCGGGGCGGCCCACGUCUUCUUCGACGGCUGCGUCGCGGGGAAGGAUCAAGGCGUCCUGGAGAAGGUCGAGGCGAAGCCCGCGGCGAAGCCGCGGCCGCUGCCGCUGUCGACGCUCGAGCUGCAGAAGCGCGCGAGCAGGUGGCUCAAGCUCGGGUCCGCCGAGACCAUGGAGGUCGCCGAGGCGCUCUACCAGCGGGGCUACGUGUCCUACCCGCGCACGGAGACGGAGCUCUUCCGCGACACGUGCGACGUCCGCGAGCUCGUGGAUCGCCAGCGGCCCGACGGCCGCUUCGGCACCUUCGCGGCCCAGCUCUUAGAUCUCCCGCCGGACGACCGGCGCGCCUUCCUCUGGCCGCGCCAGGGCGCCAAGGACGACGAGGCGCACCCGCCGAUCCACCCGACGAAGGCCGUGGCCGCGAACGAGCUCCAGGGCAAGGAGGCGAAGGUCUUCGAGCUCAUCGCGCGCCACUUCCUCGCCUGCUGCGCCCGCGACGCCCGGGGGCGCCAGACGAACGCCACGGCCCAGCUCGGCGGCGAGCGCUUCGACGCGCGGGGGCUCAUGGUCGACGAGCGGAACUACCUCGACGUCUACCCCUACGAGUCGUGGUCGACCGCGACGCUGCCGCCCUUCUUCGCGGGCGACGCGCUGCCGCGGCCGUCCGCGCUCAAUUUGGCCAGGUCGCGAACGCAGCCGCCGCGGGGGCUCACGGAGGCGGACCUGCUGUCGAAGAUGGACGCGCACGGCAUCGGCACCGACGCGACGAUGGCCGACCACAUCAAGACGGUGCUGACGCGCGACUACGCGCUGCGCGACAACGCGCCGCCCCACGUCUUCCGGCCGACGCCCCUGGGGAGCGCCCUCGUGGAGGCCUACGACGCCAUGGGCAUGCGGCUGAACCUGCCGCAGCUCCGCGCGGCGCUCGAGGCCGACGUCGCGCUCGUCGCGUCGGGCGCCAAGUCCAAGGACGCCGUGCUCGCGGACUGCCUCCGGACCAUGCGCGACUCCUUCGACGCCGUGAGCCGCGACGUCGCCAAGCUCGACGACGCCAUGCGCCGCCGC